UCAAAAUGGUGGAAUAUUUCAUCAUAAAGAAAAAAGAAUGAAUUUUAGAUAUAUUUUUGAUAUUUUGAAGUCUAAUCCAACUGCAUUUAGAGGUAUGAGAAGUAAGUUUACUGGAGUUCUGCGUCGAAAUGUUGGAUUUGUUCCUAAAUUUGAAAUAUCAGAAUCGAAACUCGAUUACAUAACACAGGAGGUAAAUGACUUUAUCUUGAAACAUCGCAAUAUUUUUGUUAUUACCGGCGCUGGCGUGUCUACAGAGUCUGGAAUAAGAGACUAUCGUUCUGAAGGAGUAGGUUUGUAUCAUAUAUCRACGCAAAGACCCAUGGAUUAUCGUGAGUUUUUACGCAGCGAACGAGGGCGGCAGCGUUACUGGGCAAGGAACUUUGCUGGAUGGAAAGAAUUUAGUUCACGACAACCAAACUCGAACCAUUUCACGUUAGCUAAACUAGAAAAACUUGGAUUUGUGCAUUGGUUGGUUACACAGAACGUGGAUGCAUUGCAUAGUAAAGCAGGAGCAGAAAGGUUGACUGAAUUGCAUGGAUGUUCACACAGAGUUGUUUGUUUGAAUUGUCAUCAAGUAACUUCAAGAYAUAACUUACAAGAAAGACUUCAUCAGCUAAACCCUCAUUGGCAUGCAAUUGCUGAAGGUCAAGCACCAGAYGGGGACACAUUUCUCCCAGAUAAUGUUGURGAAGGCUUUCAUGUUGCUUCUUGUCUAAAGUGUAAUGGAAUCCUUAAACCUGAAGUUGUAUUUUUUGGUGAUUCUGUACCCAAAGAUACUGUAAAGCAAGUUUCAGAGCAUCUAAAACAAUCAUGUGCAGUGCUUGUGAUUGGCUCAUCUGUGGAAGUGUUUUCUGCUUAUAGACAUAUGCUACAGGCAAAAGAACAGAACAAACCAAUAGCAAUUUUAAACAUUGGUAAAACAAGGGCUGAUCAUUUAGCAGAGCAGAAAUGGGAGGCAAUCAGUGGGAUGGUUUUACCUCGUCUAGGAUUAUUACAGUAAUCUGAUGUAAAUUAUCAAAAAUUCUUAUUAGAGUGCAAUAUAACAGGCAUUGUUAGGCUUAAAUUCCAACAAGUGACAUGGCCUUGAAACAGUGACACAAGAGUCACAAACAAAGCCUCUCUGAUGAAUAAUUACCGAGCAAUAAUAUAAAGACCUAAAAUUGCAACAUAAGCCAUUUUGAAAUGCAGAUGCAGCAGCCUAGUCCCCAGGCAUUCCUCAUUUCUAGCCUAACAAGACCUCACAGAGUGACUUUGUUGACCACUGGCUCAUCACUGCAAAAAAACACCUAGGUACUAGGCUGCAGACRAAGGAAAUCUCUCGACAUACUGUAUUUGCUUGAAUAAGCUCUGGGGCGCUUACCUUAAUUAAUUAUUUAAUUUCUCAARUCUGAGAUGGGGUGCUUAUUCAGGGGAGAGGCUUAUUAAUUGUUUUUGGAUCGAAGGGGGUUCUUAUUCAGUGGAGGUGCUUUUAUUGGGGAAGUGUUUAUUUGAGCAAAUACAGUACCCCCUAACAGGGCCUCAGAGAAACACUAAUUACUAGGUUGUACAAAACUACUAAGACUACCUCACACUAUGAAACAGAAAACAAAUAAGUCUGGGUUCAAAUYGGAUUUUGAAAGGACAAAUUGACCUGCCACAUUUUUAGAAAAAAAAAAUCCCAAUACUCCAGUUUAGAUAUGUUAUUUGUGCAGCCCUAACCUCGAAAGCAUGAAUAUGGUUUUUUUUUCAGCAGAGAUCCUAUUGUUAUGCAAACUUGUGUACAUCAAAGAAGACUAAAAAUUUAUGCUUGAUUGAAGCUAAGCUUGCACAAAAGAGAAUUCGAAAACUGGAGUAUUCACUGAUUAAAAUAAAUCUUUUUCGAACUUAAUUACAUUUCUUAACAUCCUUUUGAAAUGAAUAAAUUAACAUCCAUCAGA